AUGACCCCAAGGUCAGACCUGAUUGUCGCAGCUGAUGCUUCCGGCUAUGGCAUUGGAGCCGUCAUCCUUCACCGCUUCCCAGUUGGUUCACAGAAGGCAAUUAGCCAUGCCAACCAAAACCUCACAGCAGCAGGAAAGAAUUAUGGUCUGAUCGAAUUAUGGUCAAAUCGAAAAAGAGAGUUUUGCAUUGGUUCACGCAGUCCGCAGGACGCCAAUAUACCCUUCUUACAGACCAUAAACCUAACUAUCAAUAUUUGGAAGCAAGAGUGUCUUACCAUCCUACACAGCCGAUCGUCUCGCGAUGACUUUGGACGAGCUGAUGCCUUGUCACCUCUGAUUGCGGAGCAAGCGGAACAAGCCGAAUACAUCGUCAUUGCAGCCGCUCUACAUCAGGCUGAGCUCGAAAAAGAGAGUGUUAAAGACGAAACACUGGAGGAUGUAAUUCAGUGCGUUCGCGAAGACAAAUGGCCGACAAAUAAGAAGUUAAUUCACACUUUGUCGUUUUCUCUCGCUCCACGGCGACUGGCUUUUCUUCGGACCAAGUAUCAUGAUCCCGUCAAAUUCCCCAAUCGCGUGUUUGCCUUGUUGCACGAAGAACGUCCGUGCAUGUUAAAGAUGAAGAACCUCGCUCGAUCUUGUGUAUACUGGACAAACAUCACAAAGGACUGCUGA